AUCGCAAGCGUGUGUGAUGCCCGGGAGCCGCUCCAGCACGGACCCAGAGCACAAGUCACCGCGGGAAAGUGGUGAAGACUCGGAGGAUGAGAGCGAGAUCCUGGAAGAGAGCCCAUGCGGGCGGUGGCUUAAGCGCCGGGAAGAGGUAUAUGUAGGUUCCAAAUCAACGUUAGCUGAGGGUUCUAGCUUCGGAUCUACACGAGGAACAGAAAACGAAGUUACUGAUACAAUGGAAGUGGAACAAAGAGAUGUUCCAGGAAUUGACUGUGCCUAUUUGGCGAUGGAUACAGAAGAAGGUGUUGAAGUGGUAUGGAAUGAAGUGCAAUUUUCAGAAAGGAAAAACUUCAAGGCCCAGGAAGAAAAGAUACAACUUGUUUUUGAGAACCUCACGCAAUUGGAACACCCUAACAUUGUUAAAUUUCAUAGGUAUUGGACAGAUACCCAUAAUGACAAACCCCGAGUUAUAUUUAUAACGGAAUAUAUGUCAUCCGGGUCCCUGAAACAGUUCCUAAAACGAACGAAACGUAAUGUUAAAAGAUUGCCGCUACAAGCGUGGAAACGAUGGUGUACGCAAAUACUUUCUGCACUCAGUUAUUUGCAUUCCUGUUCACCUCCUAUUAUACAUGGGAAUCUUACCUGUGACACUAUAUUUAUCCAACAUAACGGACUUGUAAAAAUUGGUUCAGUAGCCCCAGACGCAAUUCAUCAUCACAUCAAGACUUGUAGAACAAACAUGAAGAAUAUGCAUUUUGUUGCCCCAGAAUAUGGAAAUUCCGUUACACCUGCCAUUGAUAUUUAUUCGUUCGGAAUGUGUGCUUUGGAGAUGGCUGCAUUGGAAAUUCAAGGAAACGGUGAUACGGGUACAAUUGUUACUGAAGAAAACAUCCGGAAGACAAUAGAAUCUUUAGAUGAUGUUCAACAAAAAGAUUUUAUUCGUAAAUGUCUUCAGGUGGACCCGCUUAGUAGACCGAGUGCGAGAGAAUUGCUAUUUCAUCCCGUUCUGUUUGAAGUACAUUCUCUCAAGCUGCUUGCAGCACAUGCCUUGGUCAACUCAGCUACUAACAUUUCGGAAACAAUCACAGACGAAGUGUUACAAAGGCUAUAUGGACCAGAUACUGUAGUCGCCGAAAUAAAGUAUCAAGGAAUACCUCCGCAACAAAUUCGUUUAAGUGAUAUUCCUGUUACGGAGAAAUUAGAAAAAUUUGUUGAAGAUGUAAAGUACGGAAUAUAUCCAUUGACUGCAUUUAUGGCGAAAUUACCUCCGCCUGUCCGACCGAGGGCGAUAUCGCCCGAAGUGACAGAAUCGGUUAAAUCGGUUACACCCGAGCCCGUGGACGUGGAGUCUCGAAGAGUAGUUAAUAUGAUGUGUAAUGUUAAGCCUAGAGAAGAUAGUAGUGAAUUACUUAUGACAAUAUUGUUGCGAAUGGAUGACAAAAUGAAUAGGCAAUUGACGUGUCCUGUAAGCCAAAUGGACACCUCAAUGCUUCUCGCACAGGAACUUGUACAUUUUGGAUUUAUUAAUGAGAACGAUCGUGAUAAAAUAGCCAAUUUAAUUGAAGAGGCAUUGAGGAGAUACUUCAACAAGCAAAUAGUAACGCCAGGAAUGGUAUCAUUAACUAAUCUUCCUACUCAAACUACUUUAUUGCUGCCUGGUUCGGAAUUUCCAUGCCUGCAACAUUUUGACAAUUCCGUGUGUAACGCCACAACAUCCAAUAGUGAUAAUGCAACUAACCUGCUGCCAAAAACCUCAGGUAUACCUGUGUCAAGUAACAAAACGAGUAAACUUCAUGAUGAUGCAGAACCGCCGACAAUCAGCGAGAGCGGUAGUUAACCAUCCAGGACGUCUGAUAACUCAGUUCACUGUGCCACUUUGCACGCUUUAUGUAUAGACUGGCUAUGUAUUUUUAUAUUUAAGUAAACAGAAUGAAGAGGAAUGGAAGUAAAAAUGGGAGGGUGCCGUGGCUACACCUCUAAGCUGAAUAUGACUGCAAAUUAGGAACUGCUUAGUAUAUUUACUUUCGUAUUUAGGUUCUUGAAGUUAUACUUCCAUUGUCAAAUUUCGUUGAUCCUCUAUAUUCUAUAGAGUUUUUACGUUAUACAGGUCUCACCUGUUAUAUCGUUAUAGGUAUGCGACAAAGAAUGUAUAAAUCUAAUGUAAAAAGACCAAAUACUUGUGAUUGUAUAAUUAAGAGGAUAAUUAGAGGUCUGCUGGAUAUUGAUUCAUAUUUAUACGAAGCUACGUACGAUUUGAUACUUACCUGUCGUAAUCUACCUAUCUGGAUACGAAAGUUAUGAAUCAUAACAUCUCUUAGAAUUACAAAACAUAAAAAUUAAUACGCUGAAAUUGUAUAUCAUGCUUUUCAUCAUGACAACGUAUACUAUAAAAUUUAUUUUGUGCGUGCAAAUCAACAAAAA